UGUGAGUGUGUGCGUUCCUGUCUUGGCAAGUCUGUGUCUUUUUUCAGUGAGUGCGUGUGAGAGAUAUUCUGUAUGGCCCUUCCAUGUUUUACUGUGAAAAUACCAAAGUGCAGUCCAUCACUUGGAUCCAGCGUGUGGCUGGCAGGGUGACCCACUAUGCGUCUCACCUCCGCCACGAGACGUCUGUGGACGUGACGCUUGGCUGCUACCAGCAGACUGAUGUCUCAGUGGUGUACGCCACUCUCCACAUGGGGCUGGACGGGCUUCUCUCCUCUUCAGCGUGGUCGGAGGCUGCCUCCUUCUCUACUCCCACCACUCAGCAGUUCACUGACCCAGAGCCUGAGGGCCACAACUUCUAUGAGGGCUGGGAGGAGGACCUGCUGCCUGAGGAGAGGGAGAUUCCUCUGCUAAACCUCUACCUUACCACCAAGAGAGUGGAGGACAUCGCCCUGAGGCUCGUCUCCUUGCGCCAGGCCUUCACUACCCUGCUUGGUUCCACCCUGAGCAGGAACCAUCUGUUUGUGGCGGGAAAGGUCCUCCUGGGCGGCCUUGUUCAGGCCAACCACAUGGACGAGGCCAAAUUCAUCCGUACCUAUAAUGACUUUGUGGACUACCUGAGUGACCCCUCCAAGCGGAAUGACAUUGAGAGGGAGCUGGCUGAGGCAAAGAUCCAUCAUGUGAACAUGAUAGAUGUCCUCUUUGAGCUGGUGCUGUUUGGGAUGAUGACAGCUCAGAAGUCCCUGAUGGUGCACCCUGGUGGGUUCGUGGAGCGUCUGUACGCUCUCCUGUACUCCUUCCUGCCCACUGCUGCCAACAUGGAGCCAGAGGCUGAUAGAAUCCUACUGCUGCUCAAUGAUUAUUGUGACACUUUGCCACCCAACAGGGAUCUAGACACCAAUGCACUACAUUACUUUGCACUGAAUUUGACAUUUUUAAAAUAAAAUAAGUUGUAUUUCAA